AUGGUGGUUGGCUUGAAACAGGCUUUGCUUCUUGCCCUGUGGGCUAGUGGAGUUAUUGCUGGCUCCGGUUCCGUCGAGCAAAAUGGCAGCGCCCUGGGAGCCUCUGCUCCUACUAUAAAAUCAGUUACUUUUGCUGUGGAGAACAUUCCGUCCUUCUACGCGGCGGAACCUCCGGCAGUGGCGGUUGGCAAUGGCGAUGACAACAUGGAUGUCAAUAAGCUGCACCUUCGCAGCCACAAGGGAAGCAGUAGUCAUGGCAAAGGAGGUCAUAAUCAUCACUCGAAAAAGACCAAGACGAAAACGAAAACGAAAAAGAAGACCACCAAGACAACCAAAGCCACCACGAAGGAGACCAUCUCGACUACUACCACGACCAAGGCGCACAAAACCACCACUACCACAACGAAACAGAAGCCUACUACUAGUACCAAGGCAAAUGAGGCCUCGAGAACCCGGACGGGUAAACAGGCUCCACGGUAUCCAGAGCAAGUCGCUGCGCAGGUCAACUCGGUUCUGGGCUUGUCAGCGGAACCUGCGGAAUAUGACUACGAUUCGAUCAAGUCCAAAGAGAACAGCGAUGAGGCCAUGAGCAGCGACAUCACCUAUGGUGAGGGUAGAUUUCUCUUCCAAUAUCACGGCAGCUGUGCGAGUCCCACCUGGCAGGUCUGGUAUGGGGGCAAGGCCAGUGGCCCCAGCUGGGAAGCUUUGCAAGGCAGUGCGCAGAAGCGGUCGGAUUCAUGCUCUGUGUUGUCUUCGGCCACCCCGGCCACUGCCACAGCAAAGCUCUGA